CUCACUCUGGUGGCUAGCAGAGAGGACGCGGGGCUCCAGGCGCCGGAGGGCUCGUGCGGCGCUAGUCCUGGCCGCGGGGGGCACCUGGUGGCCCGGCUGCAGUCCUGGAGAGGCCAGAAGAAACGGAGCCGAGGGACUAGCGGAGGACCGAGUUUCAGAAAACUGGAUAAUGGCAGUUGAGUGAGUUUAAAACUGUCUGAAGCUUAGUGGGUGCAUCUACCUUCUGCUGUUGCCCUCCUGUUUACAAAAGAAUAAAUGGGGUGUUUGAGAAUACAGCUUUGUUAAAAAAAGGAGUGUUGCAAAUGGCUUCAGAAUCUAUGAAUGCAAAACAAAGUAGGAGUCACUUCACAAAGGGAAAAAGGCAACAGCACCAGCAAAUAAAGAACAGAUCUUCGGUUAGUGAUGGUGAUGGAGAAGAGUCCUUUAUCUUUGAAGCACAUGAAGCUUGGAAAGAUUUUCAUGGGUCUCUUCUUAGGUUUUAUGAAAAUGGAGAACUCUGUGAUGUCACACUGAAGGUUGGCUCAAAGUUAAUCUCUUGUCACAAACUGGUAUUGGCUUGUGUUAUUCCCUACUUUAGAGCCAUGUUUCUCUCGGAAAUGGCUGAAGCCAAGCAAACAGUCAUUGAGAUUAGAGAUUUUGAUGGUGAUGCAAUAGAAGACCUGGUAAAGUUUGUCUAUUCUUCACGGCUGACUUUGACUGUGGACAACGUCCAGCCUCUCUUAUAUGCAGCCUGUAUUCUACAAGUUGAACUGGUGGCUAGAGCUUGUUGUGAAUACAUGAAGUUACAUUUUCAUCCUUCCAACUGUUUGGCAGUAAGAGCCUUUGCAGAAAGUCACAAUCGAAUAGACUUAAUGGACAUGGCGGAUCAGUAUGCCUGUGAGCAUUUUACUGAAGUAGUGGAGUGUGAAGACUUUGCAAGUGUGUCACCCCAGCAUCUCCAUAAGCUUUUGUCCUCCAGUGAUCUAAAUAUUGAGAAUGAAAAACAGGUCUAUAAUGCAGCCAUCAAGUGGCUUCUUGCCAAUCCUCAGCAUCAUUCCAAGUGGUUGGAUGAAACACUUGCACAGGUUCGGUUGCCGCUGUUGCCAGUGGAUUUUCUUAUGGGUGUUGUGGCAAAAGAACAGAUUGUGAAGCAAAAUCUAAAAUGUAGAGACUUACUGGAUGAAGCAAGAAAUUACCACCUUCACUUGAGUAGCAGAGCAGUACCUGACUUUGAAUACUCUGUUCGGACUACACCAAGGAAGCAUACUGCUGGUGUGCUAUUUUGUGUGGGUGGCCGAGGUGGAUCUGGUGACCCUUUCCGCAGUAUUGAGUGCUAUUCUAUCAACAAAAACAGUUGGUUCUUUGGACCAGAAAUGAAUAGUCGAAGGCGACAUGUGGGUGUCAUCUCUGUGGAAGGUAAAGUGUAUGCAGUAGGUGGACAUGAUGGAAAUGAACAUUUAGGUAGCAUGGAGAUGUUUGAUCCUCUCACUAAUAAAUGGAUGAUGAAGGCAUCAAUGAACACAAAGAGGCGAGGAAUUGCCUUGGCCUCCUUAGGAGGCCCAAUUUAUGCAAUUGGAGGGUUAGAUGACAACACUUGCUUCAACUAUGUGGAGAGAUAUGACAUAGAAUGUGAUCAGUGGAGUACAGUAGCACCAAUGAAUAUUCCCCGCGGAGGAGUUGGCUCUGUGGCUCUAAUAAACCAUGUUUAUGCAGUAGGUGGCAACGAUGGGGUAGCUUCUUUAUCUAGUGUGGAGCGGUAUGAUCCACAUCUGGAUAAGUGGAUAGAAGUUAAAGAGAUGGGUCAACGAAGAGCAGGCAAUGGAGUUAGUGAGCUCCACGGUUGCUUAUAUGUUGUUGGUGGUUUUGAUGAUAAUUCUCCUCUUAGUUCAGUUGAGCGGUAUGACCCUCGAAGCAACAAGUGGGACUAUGUAGCAGCACUUACCACUCCCAGGGGUGGAGUGGGGAUCGCAACAGUGAUGGGCAAGAUCUUUGCAGUUGGUGGUCAUAAUGGCAAUGCAUACUUAAAUACUGUAGAAGCAUUUGAUCCAGUGCAGAAUAGAUGGGAGCUAGUUGGAUCUGUGUCUCACUGCAGAGCUGGAGCAGGUGUAGCUGUGUGUGCCUGUUUAAAUAGCCAAAUUCGAGAUGUAGGUCACGGGCCCAAUAAUGUGGUUGACUGCAUGUGAUUUGAGUUUCAGCCGACAACGAUUUAGUCCUGUCUGAUAGUCAAGAAAGACGACCCGGAUUUUGUAUGACCAUCUUUGAACAAUUUUAACUACUACUAGAGUCUUAUUUAAAUGUGAACUGUUGUCUUGUGACUAAGUGAAACUUUUGGAAUAGUAGGUAAAGAAUUAUUAGUAAUUAAGUUAAAUUUGGUUCUUCCUACUUUAGCAAAUAAUUGAGUAGGGAAGGAAGACAUUGUAACCUAAAACCAUACCUGCUCUGAAAAAAGGUUUAAAGUCAUGCCAAAUGUUGAAAUCCCCAUUUUAAAAAGUGUGGAUGAAUCAAAAUGUAAAACAGAGUCAUUUGCUUAGUUUUACAACUUCUUUUGCCUAAAGGUAUUAACCUUAGGCAGUGGAUUUUUCCUAGAGGGCAGAUUAGAACCUAUUCAUCAACACCAGGAUAUCAGGAUAGGUAAGAAACCUCCUUUUAAAGAGCAUUUCUAUUUGGUGCUGACGAAUGUAUGCCUUGCUUUUUUCUAGGUGUUGAUUUUUCAAUUUCUUGGAUAUUUACAGAAGUAGAAACAAAUGUGUCCUCUUUCUGCAUGCCACUUGGCUGCAUUUUCAGAAACUUAUAGGAGUGUUAGAAGAUCUUAAUUUCAGUUUGGCUUGUUAAGACACCAAGAGACCUAGCUGAACUAAUUCAACCUGAACAAAUGUACACUUUUAUUUUUUCAUCUCUUACAAAAAGGAAUUUUUACAUAAUAAGCAAAAGUUGAACUAGAGUAAAUAUUAGAGGAAGGCUUUAGAGUUGAUGUUACUCUGGUGCCCAGUGAAGAAACCUUGAGAAAAAACAGUACAGCUUAUGUGACUCUUUAAUGAGGGGAACCUAAAAAUAUGUUCAACACUCUUUUUUGACUUAAUUGUUUGAUUCUGAACUCCCUAUUUUGCUAUUUGCCACCAUUCUGGUGUUUCUAACUGUACAGAAUCUGUAUUAAUUUAUUAUCAGAAAAUGAAUGCAUUUUUACAGAAACCUUAUAUAGACUGUAGUUUACUGAUUAAAGUCCAUCAUCACAAAUAAAAGAUAUUGUUGGUAAAACAGAGAAAUAUUUUUUCCUGUUUUAUUUAAUCCCCUUUGGUAUAUUUAUUGAACUUUAAUUGAAAAUCUUUCUGUACCUUAAUUUGAAGUCAGGAUAUUUGUACACCUACUGAUUUAACAGCUUUUCAUGGUUUUAACCAGCAUUAUAAAAUGACCUACCCUUUAUGUAUAUAUUUUUAUAAAUAUUUAUGAAGAAUAUUAAAUAUUUUCUAUUUUGUAUUUGCAGUGCAGUUUGAUACUUCUCUUCUAGGCCUUUCUAAAUUUUCCUUUAGUAAUGCCUUAGAAUUUAGUAUAAUUCACUGCUGGUCAGUCUUCUGGUUCACAGGGAAGCAGGGGAAUGAAGAACACUAACCCCGUCUAGCCAGCCCUGAAGUGCAUUGCCUAGUUAGUAGCUCUGGUGGUCCUCAUUAAAGGAUAACCUGGGCUUGUCCAUGCAGUAGAUCAAAAAGCCACAUUACAAAAGCUAGUUAGGUAUAAUAGACCCUCCAAAAAAAAAAAGGCAAAAUUGUAGGAGAGCUCAGCAUAGCAUAAAAAGGUCUUUCAUGAAGCAGAUUUAAAAUUUCCCAAAUUAUGCCAUUUUUUUGCUCUCAGCCUAUGAGCAAGUCUAUAUGUCAUUGCUGGAUCUGACCCAGUGUUGUCUUAUAUAACUAUAACCAUAUUCAGUCAAUCCCCAGAGCAUUUAACUCUGUAGUACUUACUAGACUGGCUACAACAGGCUGGAUGUAGAGAAUAAGUUUCAAAACCUGGCUUCAACUGUGUAUUUGUCAUAUCUAAUGGCGUUCUUGUAUUACAGUGCUUGCCGAGCUGUAGUUACCAGUUUAUUCUAUUUAUUUGGUGGUGAAAGGGAUUUUGAUCUUAUUUCUAAGAUUAAAAUAUUUUUCCUUAAACAUUUCUGCAUUCAUCAUGUGUAUAGAAUUUAGGAACAUAAAGAUGUUACAUUUCCAAUUGUGAUUUUUAUUUUACAGUAGUCACCUAGCAUACUAAGUUGGUACCCCAGCUACCCAUAAAAUAUGAACUACUCACAAGAGAAGUCACAUGAAGCAACGGAACAUGUGGCUGACUGGCACAUUGUGUGGGCACAGUCAGAAGCACAGCCUUGAAGGACCCGGCAAUGGUUGAAAAGAUAAAUAGUGGAAUCAUAUGCACAAUCUCUUUAUUAAACACAUAUUCUUUAAGAUAUGAAAUGAGAAUCAGGCCAAAGGAAUUAUGCAGUUGAAAGAUGAUUAUAUUCAUAGGUAUAAUGAGAUGAAAUAUUAAAAGAUGGCUCCUUAAUUGUGAGGCCUGUUACUUUCAGCUCAGAUGUUAAAAUGCCUAUCAAAAAGUGAUAUAAAAUAGAGCUAAAUUUUGAAAUUGUACAUG